AUGGGCCGGGCGCGACGCCGGGCGCGCGCGCGCGCGAUCGUCGCCGCGUUCGCCAUCGGUGCGUGCGCGCUCGUCGUCCUCGCCGGUAUGUUCGCGACGGUCGCGACGAGCGACGGUUCGCGCGAUGGCUUUACCGUGACCGACGACGCGACGACGACGACGACGACGGUGGAUUCGAGGGACGUCGAGACGCGCGAGACGGCUGGAGUGGACGUUGAGACCAACGUCGACGCCGUGGAGGGGAGGUCAGGGGACGGGUCGACGACGACGAGGACGACGACGCUCAAGGAUUUGCUCUCGCGCGGAGGCGAAGACGAGGGAGCGUGCACGGGCGCCGAGGCGCGAGGGAAAUUCUACCCGGCGAGUGAGGCGUUGAUCUUGGAGAUAGAACAUAGGAUAAAAUCGAGAAUCGGGUUCGGUUGGGCGCGCUGGGGUGACGCCGAGAUGGCGGCGAGCGCGAGAGACGGGAGCGCGAUGCGUUUGGUGGCGAGAGCGUUGGUGUCAAAGUCGGCGACGCCGAAUUGCGUUUUAAACGUCGGUGUGCACUGGUUAUGUAACCCAGGGUUGAGAAUGCAGUGGAACGCCGCGGCAGAAGGGAUCGACCAAGAGGACACGGCGUCGCAUUCGUUUUUUUUCCUUCCCAUGGGCGACCCGGCGGAUGACGACAGAGAGAAGUGGCGCGCGAAGGGCAUUCGCGGCUACGUCGACGUGAUCAAGGAGAGUGAGCGAAAAAUCAUUCUACUCGGACCACCACAUGUCGCCAAGCUACCGUUUCUCAGCGACGCGACGUUCAUCGACGCCUCGGGAUCUGGCGGCGCCGGCGAUCACGCGGCGGACGACGUCGUCGCCAAACUCUUCGAAAUCGGCGACGCCAUGAAGGAUCCACCGAUCGUGAUCAUGGCUGCCGGCAUGGCCGCAAAAACUGCCAUCGUGAGCGGUCAAGAUAGGAUCAACGACCGCGGGUGGGGCUUCAUCGACGCCGGAACGACGCUCGACGGGUACGCGGGUAAACACUCGCGCGAUUACAACGACCCCAAAAAGUACUGCGAAAAGACGAAAUCGCGCGCGCGUCGUCCCGGCGACGGCAUCGAGCGAUGGACCGCCCCGGGCGUGUGCGCCGGUCUCGGCAUCGUUUGA